UCUGCUGGAUGUUUAGUUUUACGGAGAGGGAGUACCGGAACUGGACUGUUGUCGCACAAUCUUACAACGGUUAUAUGUACACUUUCUGUCCGCGAUUAAUACAAUAGUUUAGUGGUCUGCGCCAUGGCUUUGUACGGGUGUGUCGGAGCCAUGGCUUUACCUAGCGAGCUUAUCGUCCAUAUAUUUUCAUUCUUGUCCGACCGUGACAAGCUUCGGGCCUCGUCCGUGUGCUCUCGCUGGAGGGAGUGUCUGUUUUACCCAUCGCUUUGGACGGAGCUGAAGUUGCGUGUCGGAGGUGGUGCAAACUGGGGAGGUUCUGGCAUCGAACAGACCCCAAGAUUAGAAUUUCUCAUGAGGAAGUUUGGCGCCUUCGUGCGCGAGCUACAUCUCGAGGUUGCCCCUGUGGACGGAUAUCUAAGCCCACUGAGCGGAUUGGAGGGCAGGAUAGAACCUGUAGAACGCGACCCUCAAUUGCUUGAUCGCUGGAAAGACGCAAGGAUAACCUAUUUGGAACAGGUGUUGUGUGUGCUCAGAUGUAUUCGAAACAACAGAAAUCUCCAGAAACUGAGUCUGUAUGGGGAUACCUUCAUUCUUCAGGAUGAAGGCACUGUCCAGAAUGCCCAUCUCCAGCAGGUUGACCCAGGAGGCAAGAAAAUCAAAGAGAUCCAACAGCUGUUACUGGAGGUUCUGUCUAACAGCAGGAAGAUAAAGUGGCUGUCCUCCACCUUCAUGCUGGGUGUGGUGACCCCAUGCUCCCUGGCCUCUCUGUCCAACCCCAGCGCAGGCUCCCUGGAGCACCUCGGCUUGCUGGACAACCAGCUGCCUUGCCUGGUCUCACCUGUGGAGCUGGAGCGGCUGGUCCACCUGCGUUCCCUGGCCCUCGACUUCUGUGACUUCACCUCAGACUUGAGCCACCUACUGGCUGGAGGAGACCGUGCUCCGCUACACCGCCUCUCCCUGAUGCUCAACGGCGCUGCUCUGGAGGCUAAGCCGCUCGAUGGCACCGCCAGUGAGGACGACUGGAAGGCCCUGGUCCAACGCAGCGCUAACCUGCGGGUUUACGUGAUGGCACUGGAUGUGUGCAGCCAGGACUUGCUGAGGGUGCUAAAACCAAGCCUGCCCCUGGAGAGGAUCCACCUGGACAGCUACUCCACCUUGGUCACAGACGGAACCCUGGAGCUCAUUGCCCAGCAGUACAACAAGACCCUGAGCCACUUCGUCCUGAUGAGGGAUGACACCGGCUUCCCUGACCUUGGCAUCAACCGAAACGAGGACCCACUGGUCCUACUGGCCUGGCGCUGCGUACACCUCUCUGUAUUGGUCAUCCACGGCUACACUGUGUGGUCCCACAACCUGGUGGCCAUCUCCCGUCUGCGUGGCUCCAGCCUCAAGGUCCUGGCUGUGUCCGAGGAGAGCAUUGACUUCGACCCGGACCAGAGGGUCUUCAUGCAGGGUGACCCCGUCCACAACCUGGUGAAGGAGGUGUCGCUGGGCCUGGGGCGCGUCUGGCACCCUUCUAUGGACUCCAACCUGGUCCUCAGCGAGCCCACCCAGCACUUCCACAGGGAGAUGCAGAGCUUCAGCUUGGGCAUGUAGGCUAGUGCUGCAGCCGCUAGACCAGGCAGCCAUCUGCGUCGUGUUCAUUAGGCAUCAAACAAAAGAAAACCAGACCUAAACAGGAGGGACCCCACUUCACCAAUAAGCAAUGCAAAUUUUCUGUUACAAAACGUUUUCCAUUGAAUGACCUAAUGAACACAACCCUGGUCUGGUCUUGCCUGCUGCACAUGCUCAGUGUUUGUCUUGGGACCUAUAAGGUGAUUAGAUCAUCUCAUUUACACAUUUUAUUUUCUUCUCUGUAGCAUCCUUUGUGCCGUGUUUAUCAGUAUUAGCUCUAUAUUUAUAUCUAUCAAUAUAUAUCCUGCUUAUGAUUAGGAGAGUAUAGUCGAAUAAUUGUUUAGUAGCUAAAUGAGAGGUUGGUGUUGCAAGGGGGCUUUUCUACACAGCUAGCUUAGUUAGUUGUAUUGCAAGUUUAAUUUUUUGCUUUGUGUUUUGUCUGUCAGCAAGUGCUGAGUUAUCAGUUAAUCCACCUUUACUUUUUGCAAUGAUGGAAUCCUGUGUACUUGUUCGUGCACAUUUUUUUUAACGGGAGAUUAGUCUAGUAGUCUUCCGGCAGAGGGAGGGACCAUGCUGAUGGAGUGUGUGGUUAGGCCCCCCCCUCAGCCCAGCAAGAUCCUGUCUGCUCUUUUACUUUUGUGUUUUGGAGAUGAUAUUGUUGCUAUGUUAUGGGACUAAGAUCCUGCUGGUUCUUCUCAACCCAGAGGUGGGAUAUGAUAGGUUUCCACACUGACACUGAGUUUCCUACGUUCUGCUGCAGUACUUAAGUCAGGGGUUAGCGUUGCGAGUCGUACGCUGCAGUUUGCCCUCAGAAAAAUCCUCUCUGUCUCAGGUGGGCAAAACAUGAUUCUAGGAAGAUGAUGAGGAUGUAUAUACUAUGAAAGAAUCAGCUAGUCUCUCAGUCUAAUGCAGUUUUCUUUUCUUCACAUUUGCCUUGGAAAACCCCUUGUUUUCUAGUAUCAGUCGUUUUUGCCAUCCAAUCUGCCCCUUUUUUACCAUGGGGUAAACAAACUUAGUCGUACAUUUGUUUUAAGAUUAAGGUGUUUAAAGAAUGGCAAAAAGCUACUCCUUGCACAUGUUUCUCUUGUUCACAGCUAUGUUCGCUGACUCCAGGGCCACAGUGUUUCACCAGCUGAACGUUGGAAGGAGGGAAGCAUUUGCUUGCUUGUUCCAAAUCUCAGGAUUUUUUCACUUUCAGUAAAUUUGUCCAUUUGAAGGCUUUCUUUUAAUAAAAAGCUUUCUGUUGAUCUGCGGGCCAGUGUGCGUGGUGGUGUGACUGGAUACUAAUACUGUGGAAAGAGCUCUUCCAACACUACGCGGUUUUAUUUUUCUAGACGCGCCUUCUCGUGUCCUCUUAACUUUUUAAAAAGGUUAACAUCCUCGAUGUGCGUCUGUGAAAAUACUUUUAAUGGCGUUUUCUAUAGUGUAUUUGACAUUUUAGAGCUCAGAGUAGUAGAGGGAAUCUGAGGUUGAUUGCUCAGUGGUAGAAUGUAAAUAUGAAGCUAACAACCUUAAUGUGUAAAGUUGUCUGCUAUCCAGAAUUCCACAAGCUUCGGGAGCCAGACUUGUCUGAUAACGCAGUAGUGUGUGGGGCUUGGAAUAGGUGACCUGUGGUUGUUCUAUGCUGCUGAGAUGUUGGAGCAUUCCAGAAAAGAGGAGUGUAGGUUUCUCUUGAGCUUGUGUGGGGGUGUAAAGUUUCAGAAGUGCAUACAUCAAAGAAUUAGCCGUAUGGUGUGCUUGAAGCAAAGCAUGGUGUACCCCUUUCUCACCAGUGAGCAGGAAACAGCCUUUCUCAGGGUUACUGUCAGUUGAGGAGAGGUGUUCCAUGCCUAAAAAAUAAAUGAUGAAAGUUAGGAAGAAUCUUUUUUCCAACAAGUCACUGGAUUAAACAAAACGGUCUGUCAGCGUGUCUGCAUCAGCUGCCAAAGAUAACUGUGUGAAACGACCCUUAUGAAGUGCCCACGUGCUGGCAUAGGGAAGGGCCAAUGGCUGAUCAGCCAAAAUGUACUACUAUGACUGCUCCUCCACAAAUACUACUAGAAAUAUACCUACUGAAUAUGGGGUGAAGAUGGACCACGUGGUGCACAGCUGUGCUGUGGCUUGAUCAACAACAGAGCUCUCUCAGUUGUCAACAACAGAGCUCUCGCUCACCAGUUUCAUUGUGAAAAGUGAAUGUCAUUUUAGUAUAGAUAAAAUCAAGUUUGGUUGAUUCUUUCAGCCCUGUAUGCUGCUAUCAGACGUGUAAGGAACAUUCCACUGGGGAGUUAAAAACCAACAGAAAAUGGCCAAAUGUCUGAAAAUGAUUUUAAAAUGGUUUUGCUGUGUGAAGUCUUAUAGAAGUGGUUGUGUAGCCCAGUCUCACUCUGCAUGUUAACAGGCAUAGCAGUGGAGGUAUUUUCUUUUAUUUUUAUACUCUGGAGAAACAUACCAUUUGGGUUAUUACAGCUUACAAAUCAGUUGGUUCCCUUUUUUUUUUCUUGUUUUUUAUGCUAUCACAAUCCACAUCUCUCUUGUUGAAAAGGAGGAACCUAUAUAGCAACAGUGAGCUGCUUGAGGGCAGGUCCAUCUGAGAGUUAACUGUUACCUGUAGAACCUCAUUGUGCUGCAGAAGCUACAGCUAAAUGACCUCAUACCAGCCUUAUUAAGAGCAUAAACGCUUGACGUCAAGAGACCUGAGUGAGGAGAAUUCUGUUUUGUUUUAUUCCAUUAUUAAAAACCUGCACCACUAUCAUACCACAAGUUCACUGUUGUGGGGGUCAGGAGGGAGGUGAGCUUAAACAUGUCACAUCUCUUAAUGGCUGGCUUGCAUUACAGCCAAGUCAAACACAUAUAAUCCAGUGGCUUUUAUUUUUCUGUCACUUACAAAUGGAAAUAACAAUGUGAUUGUUUUAAGAUCUUGAUUUUUUUGGAAGCCAAACUCCGUUUCAAAGGCUACCGUGGGUUACAGACAUGGUCUCUAUGAGACUGGCCAGCAGGCGCCAGUUUUAAGUGGUAUGAAUGUUGUGCAUUUGUUUAAAAUCAGGAUAUUUUAUUGCAAAAUAAGUCAUGCAUUACAAGUGGCCACCAUGGGGCACUAGCAGUGCGAACACCUAGGCUGUGUCCUUAUAAGCUUUCGGGGAAGAAAAUAACUGCAUAUUUGUAUAUAUCAAUACAUAAUGUAUACUCUUAUGCAACAUAUGUCUGGGUUCUAUUUAUGAACAUUUGUAAGCUUUAAGAUGGUUUUACCAUUUUUGCUAAAUGUUGAAAUAUUUGGACAGGUGUGUUCUGUCAACUUUGUCUCAAGUGAGCGCAUAGCGUUGGAUAUGUACAGUACAUCUGCAAAUGGGAACUCCACUGGUGCAGGUGUGAAAAUGGCAAGUGUAGAGAAUUUUGAUUUGAAAAAGUGAUGCAAGAUAACUAAAGGAAAAAGCCUAAGUGACAUAGUGUAAACCAGCUGAAUGUUGAAUGGUUCUUUUUAAACCAGUGAAUAAAAGCAUUAAACACAAA